AUGUCUAUGCCUGAGGAAUCUACAACAAAUGCUGUCAUGAGGGCUAUUACAAAUGGUAUUACUGAUGAUGCAUCCACGAAAGAGAACGUUUCAACAAAAGAAGUUUUGGUUGAUGAGUCAAAGAUUAAUGGCUACGCACCUGCACCAAAGAAGCGUCGUAUAGUUUGGUCAGUAGAACUGCAUGAACACUUCGUGAGGGCUGUCACGCAACUCGGGCUUCAUAAGGCUGAGCCAAAGAGAAUUCUUGAAGUCAUGAAUAUUCCUGAUUUGACAAUAGAGAAUGUUGCAAGUCAUUUGCAGAAAUUUAAAAACUUUGUGAAGAGAUCCAAUGCAGAGGCACGACAACAGAAUGGAAUUGAAGCUUUGGUUGCUUCUGAACAAUUUCCACUUGAAAUGCUCUGA